AUAAUAGCCUGCAGCCACAUUCGCUCGUGCAGUUAGUUAUAUGAUCAAUAUACACAAAACACGAGAAGCAAUCGAUAAAACAGAAAGAAGAUGGCUUUUACAAGUCCAGAAGAAUUGAGACUAGUGAUGCUAGGAAAAACAGGGGCUGGUAAAAGCGCCCUAGGAAACAGUCUGCUGCAGAAGAAGCUGUUCCAGUCUAACAAUUAUGGGGUGUCUGUCACCUUACACUGCAAAUUUGGAAGCAGGCAUCUUGACAUUGGAAAAAAGUUGGUGGUCAUCGACACACCAGGAAUAUUCGACACCAGGAAAAGCAACCUUGAAACAUCAAAAGAAGUUAUAAGGUGCAUCGGCCUAUCGUCACCAGGUCCUCACGUCUUUAUCUUCGUCCUGAAGAUCGGUCGCUUUACCCUGGAAGAGGCGGAGACGACCCAGCACCUCAUAGAUUUGUUUGGAGAAGACGUUGUCAAUUACGUGAUCAUUGUAUUCACUGGUAAGGACUCCCUUGAUUACGAUGGUAUGACCAUUCAGGAACAUCUCCAGCACUGCCCGCAAGAACUACAAUCACUGGUUGCUCAGUGCAAUGGGAGAAUAGCUACCAUUAACAACCGAGCACCACCACCGGCAUUAGCAAUGGAUGUUAAAGCUAUUCUAGAUUUGAUGACGCAGACCGUGAGACAAAAUGGCGGAGGAUACUACACUGGGGAGAUGUUUGAAGGAGCGGAAAGGGCAUAUCAGGAAAAACUUCGACUUCUCGAGGAAGAGAAAAACAAGAAAGAGCGGGAACUAGAACAAAAGGCGCGGGAAAUUGAGAAAGAGGCGAAGAGAAAGAUGCGAGAACUUGAAAACAUGGAACUAGAAAAUAAUGAGAAGAGAGAAGAAUUAGAGAGAAUUAAAAGAAGACAACGUCAAAGAGAGGAAGAAUUAGAAGACGAACUCAUAAGAAUAAAGAAUGUCGAUCCGAGACAAGACUAUCGAGAGGAUGUUGAGACGAAAGACGGCGUCCUUGUUGACAUUGCUCGGUUUAUAGAAGAGGUUGGGCGCGGUAUGGGACGGGGCGUCAAAGGUGCGUGGAACGGAAUCGUUGGUUGGUUUAGUAGUUAGGUCUUAAGUUGACCGAAGUCGGUGUUACCUCUAUCCAACAAACAAAUUUGAACUGAAGUUGGCAAACCUAUAAGCCAGGGAACUUAUAAUAUAAAAACAUUUUAUUGCUACUACCAUUGGCUAAGCAUUAAAAUCAAUCUAAUAUUAUCCAAUCAAAUUACUAAAAUUUGGAUUUUAUCUUAGUUGAAAUUUCGUGAAACAGGCCCCAGGUAUUCUAUGACCCCCAGCUUUCAUGAAUUGUGAUAAAAACCUUAUAACGAUAUCAUAAAAUUUCACUAGAAGCUUUCAUAAAAAUAUAAAGUUUUGACAAAAAA